UUCCAGUUAGGCGCCGAACCCCACCGGGACGAAGAGGAAAUUCACAUCUGUGGGACGCUCCGCACGGAACCAGCUCCAGCGAGGGAGACCGGGGACUGCAGCACCGAGAUGAAGGGCUAGACCGCGGGAUCGCUGCUCAUGCGACGGCCGGGAGCGCCUGCGAGCUGGAUUUGGUGGAGGAUGCUGCGGCAGGUGCUUCGCAGAGGGCUCCAGUCGUUCUGCCACAGGCUGGGCUUGUGCGUGAGCCGGCACCCGGUCUUUUUCCUCACCGUGCCCGCAGUCCUGACCAUCACCUUCGGCCUCAGCGCGCUCAACCGCUUCCAGCCCGAGGGCGACCUGGAGCGCCUGGUCGCUCCCAGCCACAGCCUGGCCAAGAUCGAGCGCAGCCUGGCCAGCAGCCUUUUCCCCCUGGACCAGUCCAAAAGCCAGCUCUAUUCGGACUUACACACCCCCGGGAGGUAUGGCAGGGUGAUCCUCCUCUCCCCACCCGGGGACAAUAUUUUGCUCCAGGCUGAGGGGAUCCUGCAGACCCAUCGAGCCGUGCUGGAAAUGAAGGAUGGGAGGAACAGUUUUAUUGGACACCAGCUGGGCGGGGUAGUGGAAGUGCCAAACAGCAAGGACCAGCGGGUCAAGUCAGCCAGAGCCAUUCAAAUCACCUACUACCUCCAGACCUAUGGCUCUGCCACUCAAGACCUCAUAGGGGAGAAGUGGGAGAAUGAGUUCUGUAAACUUAUGCGGAAACUCCAGGAGGAGCACCAGGACCUCCAGCUCUACUCGUUAGCAUCCUUUAGCCUCUGGAGAGACUUUCAUAAGACCAGCAUCCUGGCCAGGAGCAAGGUCUUAGUGAGCCUCAUGCUGAUCCUGACCACAGCCACCCUCUCCAGCUCCAUGAAGGACUGUUUGCGUGGCAAGCCCUUCCUGGGCCUCCUGGGGGUGCUCACCGUGUGCAUCUCCAUCAUUACUGCAGCUGGGAUCUUCUUCAUCACCGACGGAAAGUACAAUUCCACCCUGCUGGGAAUCCCGUUCUUCGCCAUGGGUCAUGGAACAAAAGGAGUAUUUGAGCUUCUAUCUGGAUGGCGGAGAACCAAAGAGAAUUUGCCCUUCAAAGACAGGGUAGCAGAUGCUUAUUCGGACGUGAUGGUGACCUAUACCAUGACCAGCUCCCUGUACUUUAUCACCUUUGGCAUGGGUGCCAGCCCAUUCACCAACAUAGAGGCUGUGAAGGUCUUCUGUCAGAACAUGUGCGUCUCCAUCCUGUUGAACUACUUCUACAUUUUCUCCUUCUUUGGCUCCUGUCUGGUCUUUGCUGGCCAACUAGAGCAAAACCGCUACCACAGCAUCUUUUGCUGUAAGAUCCCUUCUGCAGAAUACCUGGACCGCAAGCCUGUGUGGUUCCAGACAGUGAUGAGUGAUGGACAUCAACAGACAUCCCAUCACGAGACGAACCCUUACCAGCACCACUUUAUUCAGCACUUCCUCCGUGAACAUUACAAUGAAUGGAUUACCAAUAUCUACGUGAAGCCAUUUGUGGUCAUCCUCUAUCUCAUCUACGCCUCCUUCUCCUUCAUGGGGUGCUUGCAGAUCAGUGAUGGAGCCAACAUCAUCAAUCUACUAGCCAGCGAGUCCCCAAGCGUUUCUUAUGCCAUGGUUCAGCAGAAAUACUUCAGCAACUACAGCCCUGUGAUAGGAUUCUACGUCUACGAGCCCCUCGAGUACUGGAACAACAGUGUCCAGGAGGACCUUCGGAGACUCUGUAGUGGGUUCACUGCAGUGUCCUGGGUGGAGCAGUAUUACCAGUUCCUGAAAGUGAGCAACAUCAGUGCCAAUAACAAGAGUGAUUUUAUUAGUGUCCUACAAAGUUCGUUUUUAAAAAAGCCAGAAUUCCAGCAUUUUCGAAACGAUAUCAUCUUCUCCAAGGCAGGAGAUGAAAGCAACAUCAUUGCUUCUCGCUUGUAUCUGGUGGCCCGGACAAGCAGAGACAAGCAGAAGGAAGUCAUAGAAGUGCUGGAAAAGUUGAGGCCUCUGUCCUUGUCAAAGAGCAUCCGGUUCAUCGUGUUCAACCCCUCCUUCGUGUUCAUGGACCAUUACAGCUUAUCUGUCACCGUGCCUGUUCUGAUUGCAGGCUUUGGUGUCCUCCUGGUGUUAAUCCUGACUUUUUUCCUAGUGAUCCACCCUCUGGGAAACUUCUGGCUAAUUCUUAGCGUCACCUCAAUAGAGCUGGGCGUUCUGGGCUUAAUGACACUAUGGAACGUCGACAUGGAUUGCAUUUCUCUCUUGUGCCUUAUCUACACUUUCAAUUUUGCCAUUGACCACUGUGCACCACUGCUUUACACGUUUGUACUAGCGACUGAGCACACCCGAACACAAUGUAUAAAAAGCUCCCUUCAAGAGCACGGGACAGCCAUUUUGCAAAAUGUUACUUCUUUUCUUAUUGGGUUGGUCCCCCUCCUAUUUGUGCCUUCGAACCUGACCUUCACACUGUUCAAAUGCUUGCUGCUCACCGGGAGUUGCACACUUCUGCACUGUUUUGUUAUCUUACCUGUGUUCCUAACCUUUUUCCCCCCUUCUAAAAAGCACCACAAGAAAAAGAAACGUGCCAAACGAAAGGAGAGAGAGGAAAUCGAAUGCAUAGAAAUUCAAGAGAACCCUGAUCACGUCACUACCGUCUGAAGGGUGUAGACUAAUGGAUUAUUUUUCUUUUCCAGUAUCGCACGAUGAUGCAGGGCCGAUAAAGCUCAGACCUCAGCUGCUUGGGCUGGCCAGGGGUAACAAGGCAAGUCAGAUGAAGAGUGAAUUAUUUAUAACACGUCAAGGUGUCCACUUCCAGGGGGGCAAGAGGGACUCAAAGAAGGGGAAAAAGCUCUUUGAAACCUUGUUCUCCACUAAAGACAAGUUUCUGGAUGUGAUCUUAAGAGCUCUUCCAAGGAACAGACAAAUCGACGGAGUGUUAGAAGGCCAAAGGAACAGCUACUUUUAAAAAUAAAAUGCUUAGGAGAGAUUGAGUAGAGAAGGUGGGGGCCUCCAAAUAGCAGAGAAGACUUCAGAAAUGUCAAAAUUGCCAUGGCACUUUUCAUAUUUGUUUUUUGAAUAGGUUGGUCAAAGGAAACCUAUGCACUUGGGAAGUACAUGUCUAAUCCUGUCUAAACCAAAGGACUUCCCGACUCAUUUUACAUGUACAUAUAUAUGUAUAUAUGCAUAUAUACAUAUACGUAGAUUUGUCUUUAGUGUACAUCGAUGUCUGUGUGGAGGCAGGUGCCCAUUUGCAGGUGGGCUGGCCUUUCUUUAGAGAGUCCAAUCAGCCUUAGCCAAAUCUAUAUAUGUUAAUGGCCACUCUACAUCAACUCAAGUGGUGCAGCAGCAAGAGCAUUUUUCAGCUGUGCACUAGGCAAAAUAAACAGAUAUGGGCCCAUCAUAUUCAUACACCAUGUUGUCAAUCUUUGAGAUCCUUGCUUUGGAUGACUUGGCAAAAAAACACAAAAGGCAUUUGAAUUAAUUGCCAUGGGGGCAAGGUUUCAAAUCUCAUGUUAAUGCUAAAUAGUUACUGUGGCUUUUUAUUGGCUUAAAAUGGUUCUCUGUAUUUGGGAAGGCUGAUUUAGCUGCUUUUAGGGAGCUCACCCACUGCAAAUGAGCAUGUAUUGUCCAUACAAAUGUGUAUAAGGGUGCACAAGUGUGUGUGUGAGAGAGAGAGAGAGAAAGUCGAGGUAUUCCAUGGUUACAGUAUUCUCAUUUUAGAUGGUGAAAAUAUACUGCCUUGGAAUAUAGGUAAUGAACAUAGGAGAAAGUGAACGGAACUCGGAAACUUGUUGCAGAAUGAAAUAGAGUAAAUGAACCAUCGCCACUCACCAUGUCCCCUCAACUGGUUCUUAGUGUUAAAAAAAAAAUAUUCUAAUCCUAUAAAAUCUAGUGUGUUCCUUGCGUUAAUAUUUGGAACAUUAACCCAGGCCACGAUCACCACAGUAGUGGUCUCUAUAACUACUGCAGUAUUGUUUUGUAGCUUCUUGCAAUAUCAUUUUUUUUUGUUACCUGAAAAGUGCUUGUCGGUUGGCCUGCCUCCUAGGAUGAUUGUUGCUCUCCAUGAGUGACAUAGUAACUGUAACUGCUGCUGAAUUCUCUCUCAAAAAAAGUACUGAGGUAAAGGUUUUCAUUGCGUUAAAAUUUACAACUGCUCCCCAGCAGAUAGACUCAAUCUGUUGGGUGCUUCCUUGGAUGAAUGCUGUGCUUCCUGUCACAGAAAAUUACUAGAAAAUGCCUUUUCCCAUGCCAAGUUGUAAAAUCAGUUAAUUUUCAGGUAGGACUUCACAAAUGUCCAAUAAUCAUAAAAUCUGCUAGUCAACUCUUUUAACUGGAAGAGCACUACUUUCUGCACCAACUUUGGUUGCAUAAUUUAAAUGAAUUUAGAAUAUUAAAAUCUCUAACAAACAAACAAAAAGCUUCUGGACUCAGGUUCAGAAAAGAGAUGCAAACCAUUCCAUUCCGAUUUCAGUGUUUUUUAAAAAAAUGAAAUUGGUAGGUGAAUGAAGUAAUGAAACAACCAAAUGAGCAUACUUUUACAAAUGAAGGAUUUACCUGAAUAUUAAGGGAAAGGAGAACUGUUUCUUUACGGCUUCUUUUUAGUUAAAUGAAAAACAUUUAACUAAAUUUCAUUUUAUUGAAUGGGGAGUUUGUUUCGUCCUACCUUGAGGUUAUUGAGUUUCUAUUGGAAAUGAUCCAUGUCUUCUCGAUUGUGUUCAUGUGGGGAAAAUAGCAAUAGACGGAAUAUGGAAAAUACUUGCCAUGACAUAAGAUUAUUGUUCAUACAUUAUGUGUAACGUCGCGUCGCAGAUAAGUCUAGCCUUUUGCCUCCUGAGCUGCUCUGCUAGGAUGAACUGGUAUUUGACACUAGCAGACCUAUAGACCUUGGUCUUAUAUCUGAAAGGGAAGUUUUUGAGGCAUUGGGUGUUUGGAUGGAGGAGACAGGACUCUUCUUUCACAGUUGACUCAUCAUUUGUGAAGAUUGGUUUUACAUCCUUUUCAAAAGAUGGGAGGUCAUCAGCUGAGAAAUCCCAUUAGCUAUCAGUCCAUUUCUUUGUAAAAUGUGCCAUACUCCAUUACUUUACCAACUUUUAAAAAAGCUUGCCUAUUUGAGUCAUUUUUUUUUUCUUGAUUACCUUAGACAAUUCCACAUGCAAAGAAGAUUGGCAGGUUGGUUUAUAAAGAAAGGAUCAAGCAUGCCAGUUGCCAAAUGCAUGUGGGAAUAGUGGCAUAGCUACCCCACCACGGGGGCAGUUCUAAUAUCAUGCCCCCAUCAUUGAGACAGUCUCUAUUUGGACAGGGAAAACAGUUCUUUUUAGGUUAGAUCUUCAAGGAUCAAAGUGACUAAGAAAAAUAUGAAUUUCUCAUUGUUCAAGUGACUAGAGGUGUGGAAUUUUGGAAGGGACAUUAUCUUUUCCAGGACACCAUGGUACUCUUUAGUGAACUGCAGCAAUAAUUUAUUGAAAUGGAACUUCUUGUUCUGGAAAAGUUAAUAUACCACACAAAAUGCCCUAACUUAGUCCUUGGAAGCAAUUUAAGUCUAGGAAGAAUGUAGAAUGUAACUGAGCAUCGUCUGACCUCCCAACCUCACUGUGAAACAGACAUUUCCAAGAAUUCCAUUCACUGAAUGCCAAGAUGAAUCCUAAAAUAGAAGAUCAUGAUUUGCAAGUGACACCAAACCUCUGCCUUUAUCAGUAGCUGGUGUGCAACUCUUCAAGUUUUUCAAGUUUAUUCCCACUGUCUUUAGUCCAUUUGUGAAAUAUUGAUGGUGUUCAAAUUAGGAACUUUUUUACUUCUAGAAGAUGACCUAUUGAAUCCUAGAAAAGAAGAACGCUAUGGGAAAUAUCUCAGAUGUGUAGAAUAUUUUAUUUUGCUGAAACAUGGUUUUUCCCUUAAAGUGAGAGAAUUUUAAAGUCUCAAAAACCAAAGUCCAAACCCUUUCUGAAUUUAAACUGGAAUGUGGAUUUGUUUCCUCCCACUGGAAUUUAAAUAUGAAUUAGAGAGAGCUGUAAGAGCUGCACGCUCCAUGAUGGUUACUAAAGCUUCAAAGAGGUACUCACCUAAAUGACAGAAAGGAGAUUUGGCUAACAGAUUCUUUCCCUCUUAUUCGUUAAAGAUAAUCAUAUGCCAACUUAGACCUUGCACAAGUUUUUUAAAUGAAAAGUAUACUUAAAUGUCAUCCCAUGAAUUCUUUCAGGGACCAGUAAACCUCUUUGAAGGUUGUGCACGAAUAUUCUGUGAAAGAAUUAUCCUCCACUGUGGCUGUAUCAUGUGAGUGUUUCUUUCCCAUUUUAUUCCUAUUUAUUUCCACGGAGUUUUUGGUUUUACCUUGUGAGAUUAGAAGAAGAAUUAAGAUAAAUGAAGCUCCUGUGAUGCCCUAAUAGCCAUUCUUGAUUGUUGAAUUCAAUAGGAUGAGAGCUUGGUCCAUUUUGUAAUUACCCAUUGCACUUUCCCAUAACAAGCUGAUCCUCCUAGGCUUGUGGUUAGAGCUAGGGAUUAACUAUUGCCAUUCAGAAUUACAUGUAUUUUUUAUAAGUUGACUGUAAAUACUAUAAUUACAGUCAUAUAUUUUUAUGACCAAGUAGUUAUGAAUGCCUAGCACUAUGCAUGCAUUGUUACUAAUAGUACACAGACUUUUAAAGACACUAUUUUCAUGGUUAUUGCAACUUUUAGUAAAAUUCUAUCACCUAUUCAUAAAUGCCUUGUAGGUUUUGGUCCCAAGGACCUAAAAUUCACAGAAAUUUCCAUCCCAGGAGGAACAGUUUAAAAACUGCCCUCCCUGGGUGUCAAUGGCAGCAACCUCUUCUAGAAUGUCCUCUGGAAAAUCCUGGAGAGUACGUCUGGCUUCCAGGUAAAGGACAUAGCAGAUUUUAUGUUAGUCAGUGAUUAAGCACACCUGAGUGUCCUGUGUUUGCUAAUCUCAAAGUGAACCGUGUCAUGCCUUGAGAAUGGAAUUUAGGUGUUGUCUCCUGUGAACUGGGGAACUCAGUCAUUCCCUUGACCUCUUUCUAGAGGAAUCCUUCUGUUCAGUCUAUUUUGUUGAUGUUUGCAAAUGAUACUGAUAAUCCUUUCAAAUGGAAGCCUGAAAACUGUCAUUUAUACCAAAAUAGACUUAGGAGCACUUUCAUUCCCUUUAAAAACAAACAAAGCAAAGACACUUCUUGCUUUUUCUGUCUUACAAACAACAAAAAAAAAUGGUGACAAAUUUUAUGACACUGACUCAAAAUCUAUCCAGCGCUGAAUUGGCAUGCCCUUGAAAUCUCCCCAUCUUCAAUCUAAAUACAAAACUCAGCAUCAUCACUGUGGUGCAGGCAUUUAUCCCAAUCUUCUAAGCAGUGAUCUGCCAAAAGGUUGUAGAGAGGGGAAAUGAGCUAAAUAUUUUUCUACUGGUUUGUCUUCAGAAUUAUGACAGCAAAUAUUAUUUACCAAAUGAGAGCAGUGACAUCAUGAAUGAGAGCAAAAAGCCUGUUUGCAUCAGGUUCUGCCCAGGAGGGACUAUAUAUAGAUAUCACAAACAGCAAAUUGCUUUGAUUUCUAAACUAAAUGGCCAAGGUUUGAUCCACCAUCAUGUUUUCAUUGGAAGGGCGAGGAUGUUGUUCUGUGCUUGAAGUGUUGUGGAACUAGAUCAGGCAGCAAUUGAAAUAAGAUUGAAAGGAUAUUGAGAAAUAAUCUCUCAUGCUUAAAAAUUAAGAUGUGUAUACAUUGGGCAGAGAACAGGUGAGAAAAUUCCAUAUAUUUUACAGUUUAAGAUAUAGCACAGAGAACUGCAUGGUGCCUCAAAACUAUAGAUUCUUAACUGCUACAAAAUUGAACAAAUGCCAACAAACUCCAUUUGAAGAUUGCCUUCUCAUUUGUCAGAUUCAUAACCUGACCUUUGCGGAUAAAGUGCUCCUGAAUUUCCAACCAUGAAUCAGAACCAUAGAUCAUUCUGUGAAUGAAAGUGGGAUACUAGCCUGUCUCCUCGAAGACAAGCUUCCAGUUAGUACCCAGAUAAGCAUUAUCUGGGCAGGCCGUUGGCAUUGCUCUGACUUUGUGCAUCUUUGACAUAUAAUGAGUAUUUUGUUGACGUUUUCUCUGUACUUAAUUAGGGCCUCUCUGUUGCUGCUAGAGAAGUUCCUUGCUUUUCUCAUGAUAUGGAGAAUGAUUCAAAGAGAAAGCACAUGCAUGUGUAUUUAGUUGGGUCUGACUCUUUGGGACACUUUGGAUUGUAGCCCACCAGGCUCCUCUGUCCAUGGGAUUUCCCAGGCAAAAAUACUGUGGUAGGUUGCCAUUUCCUUCUCCAGGGGAUCUUUCUGACCCAGGAAGAUCCUCAUUGCAGGCGGAUGUUUUACUCGCUGAGCCAUCAGGGAAGCCCAAAAGAGAGAAGUAUAUAGGGUUAAAAAAUCAGAUACUGGAAUAGUAUAGCUGACUAGUCUACAGAUAAUAUCAAAUAUCUUCUGCAGCUCUAAAGAUGUUGUCAAGAUCAAAUGGGCUUACACCUUCAAAUGUGAAGAUCUAAAAGCUAGAGAUUUUUUUUAAUAUAACAAAGUAUUUAUUAAAAAUUAUUACUAAUUUUCACUUUUAUAAAUUAUGCAAAGUCAGUCCCUACUAUUUUUCCCAGCUGAAGUUUUCCCUAAGAAAGUUCUUAUGGGUCAUACUAUUUAUGAAGUCUUAAAAAUCAGAAGGAAACUUCAGAAACAAAAAGAUAAGAACACCUACUGGUUACGAGUGGUUCCUGCUCCAUGUCGCAUGUUUGUACUUAUCUGAACGGGGGUCUUUAGAAGUCACGCGUCACUGUGUUCUGAUUUCCCAUAUUGCCAAUGGCAUGGCCAGAUAGUAUAGCAUGGCUUCACUUCCCUCUAUUUCCAUAGUCAUUAGAGCAACUGCAUUACACCAAGGGUUCUGUCAAACCAGUGGAGAAAUAAGAACUUUAAUGCUUUGGACAAUUUCACUGAAGAAUAUCCUAGGAGGAGCUAGAAAGACUGCCAUCAGUAAGGGACAAGGGAAGGGUAUUAUACAUGUGUUACCUUUCAGUCUUGUAUAAAUUUAUUAACUUGCAUUUUUGUACAGCCAACCUGCAGUAUGUUGUGGGGAACAUUUAAGUUAUUUCAUAUAAAACAGUCAACAGAAUCUCUCCCUGGAAACUGAAAUAGUAACACCUUCCAUCAUUCUGUUUGGUUCACUGGUUAUUGGUAGACACAAGAAAGCUGGAAGAAACCCAGACUGUCAUAUUCCUAUAUGCUCUGCUGUGGUAUGCGGCAUCUCUUUUGAGGGAGAGUCAGGAAAUUCUGGCACCUUUUUUUCUCAAACAUAAAAUGUGCUAGAUGCUGAUAAAUUAGACUUUAAACUCACCAGUGCAAGUUAUCUCAAAGUUUUGGCAGAGUUUAAGCAACAAUUUUAUUAUACUUCCCCAUUAAUUAUGCAUAUUUUUCAGCAAUAGAUUUUCUUGCCCUUAAAUAGGAAAUCUGUCUCAGUUGAAAAGGGCAGCGAUCUCUCCAAGCUACCUCAAAAAGGUACUAAAAGACAAAAUGGCAGGCAACCUUUGAUUAAAUGGCAAUGUGUUAAAGCCACAAAGCAAUAUUAUUUGUCAGCUCUUCUUGAUGCUCUUUUCCUUUGUAAAUUUAGACUAGACUAAAUGUGAAAGGAAUAGCCUAUGUGCAGUUCUACUUGUGCAUUCUGAUUACUAAUAUUCAUUUCUAUGAAAUCUCUCAGGACUGUUGUCUGGUAUCUCUCUGCAGACAUCUCAAAACGUGAUUCAGAAAGAGAGCAACCCGACAUUGCCUAUGAGGCAGUGGUCCACAUAGUGAGGUGCACAAUCAAAUAAUCUGUGGAAUCUUCAGUAAAAAAUCCAAGUGCACUUCUUCUCAAUGGAGGGAAAACUCUUAUUUGUUUGCCCUAAGCAAACAGAAAGAGAUGAAGUUGCCAGUAUUCGGCACUGCGCUUAGGUUUUCUUUUUCACUAGAUGCCAUUACUAUUACUUUUAGCUAAACUGGAGUUCUGAAACAGAAGUCACUUCUGGAAACAUUAGAAUCAGUGAAGAGAAAACUGUUAGUCAGAAACACUCUCCACUCAUGCAUAGACAAUUUGUAGGAAUGAGAGUUAACGUUGAGGACUUUUAUUUCCUGUCUUCUCCUAAAACAAAAACCCACUUGCUCUUAAUCCUAGCUAAUCAAAUGCUAAUUUCUACAACAAAAUAAAGGAUAAUGAUAGAAAGUGUGAAAUUGUGAGACUCUAAUGUCUUAUCUAGAUACUUAUCUAAUGGCAAACCAGCAUUUUCAGACAUAUUUCUCUGUAAGAACAUUCUUUUGUUUAAUAUUCUGUGACAUAUAGAUUCUUACCACCUGUUGUUCAUGAAAACAACCUCACUUAUCACUUCUAAAAUAGUGCAAAAAAACUAAUAAGCCAUUUAAAGCUCUCUUCUCUGUAAUUCGGUAUCUUGGACUCUAAAACUAAAGCUCCUUAUUGAGGAAAGUUUAAAAAAGAAUUCUGAACAAAAACGUCAAUGUCAAAAAAAAAUAUGUAUAUUUCCUAAGUUGUAUUCUCACUCCAACAUAUCUUCAAAAUCGGGAACUGCCUGAAUGCCCAGUUUUUAAACCUAACUAAGAAGCAAGAAUUUCCAUGUGAGUCUUCAAAAGUCUCCAAAUUCCCUGAAUUUGUUCUGUCAUCAAAAUUUAUCUCAGUUCAAUCUAAGCAAAAAAAUAAUUUAUAAAUCAGAUUUUUCUGACUAUAAUAAAAAUAAAGAAAUAGCAAAUUAUUCCCCAUAGGUUUAUGUGUGCAAACAUAUAUUUAAUAAUUAAUCUCCUAACUCAAUCAAAGGACAUUAUGUUGCAAAUGUUCCCUUGUUUAUUUCAUUGUUUUCAUACUUUGUGCACAGAGAUAUAAUAAUUUUAAUUUUCUCAAGAUUACUUUGUUUAGGAACUGUGUGAUCUAAAGUCUAAAGGUAAAAAUCUUAAGAAAAAUAACACAGUCUUAGCUACUUGCAAAAAUGUCAACUCAGUUAUAUUUAUUAUAAUACCAUUAGGCAAAAUUAUUCACAGUAUUUCUGGCUAUGUUGACCUUUUAUUUUAUAAACAACAAAAGUCUGGCUCCAUUAGUCAUAAUAAGGAACAGUUAGCAUAUUAAAACAGCGAUAGAUGAUACAGGUGCUUACUCUUUCAUUAUGAGGGUCCAUUAACUUCACCAGUUCUUUCUAGGUCACAGUCUCACAUGCUUCUAACUAGGAUAUUCGUAGAUUCACUUUCCUCACUUUCAUUUCUUAUCGCUAAUAUUAAAUGCCCCACAGAAUGUAAGGUUCCAUGACCUCUUCCUCUAACCUCAGUGAGAUCCUUGGGCUCCCUAUUCUUUAGAGAAAGAUUCUUCUAGGCUAGGAAUUAAACUUCUUAAAUAUAACAUCCCAUGACAUCAUAGUGUAACAUAACAAUCUAUACUUCGAUCUUUUAUUGAAUUACAGGUUAAAAAUUAUAAAAAUUACCCUUUAAAAAUAUAAUACAUGCAUUUAAAAUAAUACCAUGAUAGUAUAUAUCAAGGAUUCCUACUUGGUUAGGCUAAGGUUUGAAGCAAACACAAGAUACCUUGGCAUUCUUGAAACAUAUAUUUUACAAGUCUCUAAGUUUACAAAUAUCUUUAUAAUGUGUAAAUCACUGAAGUGUUACUGAAAUAGAUGGCCUUUGUGUGCAUGCCUGCAUGCGUGCUAAGUUGCUUCAGUCGUGUCCAACUCUUUGCAACCCUAUGCACUGUAGCCCCUGGCUCCUCUGUCCAUGGGAUUCUCCAGGCAAAAUUACUGGAGUGGGU